CUACACCCGUGACAAUCGUCUCUUGUUGCCGUGUGUUUUCGCAGGGCUCGCGAUAUUCGUGAAAUUCCGGCGGAAAAGGUCACUUGCGGCGCCACGAGUGUGCACAGGAUGUGAGCCAGGGAUGCUGUGCACCUGAUUUGCUAGUGUUUCCGGGUGAAUUGUGUGGAAAAGUUGAUGAAAAGAACUGCCACCAGGGGAAAAGAUAUGAAGCGUGAAUUCAGCUGAGUAAGCGAAAAUGCAUGAGCUCUUCGCUAAAGUUCUGACCAAGAGGGAUCUCUCGAGAGCCGGCGAUCUCUUCUCCGUGGCCGAUGUUGACAUUGUCAACGAUCUCACAGACGUGCUCACCCAGAUCGAGUUGAUCAUCUCGCAGGCGGAUUACUUGCAGAACAAAAAUGAUCAAUCGGUGAUGGAAAUUUGCGUGACAAGAGUGACAUCGUGCAUACGUGAGACAAAGACUGUGGAGAGACACUGUCCAGCUCUGGUGAGUCUGCUGGACUCGUGCCUCAAGCAGAAUCUGCAACCACAAUCCGGCGAAGAUCCGCCACACGCCAAGAUAUCCGCAGACUUGAUAUCCAGCAUUUUUCUCAACUACAACAAGAAGACGGUGAUGGAGAUGGCACUGCCAGUGGCUGUGAAGUUCCUUCAGAAGGGCAACAAAGAGCUGGCCAAAAAUCUCGCCAGCUAUCUCUCACUGGCCGCCAUAGAGUACGCAUAUCUGCUGAGUCCUCACGUCCAGUCAAUUCUCGAUUCAAUUCUCGCCGGGAAUUACGGACUGUGUCAGAUUCUGCCGCAGAUUUACGAUGUCGCUCCACAUUCCUUAGAUCAGCACACUUCAGUGCUCAUCUCCUUGCUCAACCGAUGCGACACACAAGAAAAAUUGGCACUUCUUCAACUAUUCGCAUUGAUUGCCAAAAAUAAUCCAUCCGCCCUGGAAGACAACAUUCCACACUUGUGCGAAUCUCUGCAAGAGACUGCCACCGUGUCGGCCACGCUGAAUGUGCUGCUGAAGCUGGCCGAGGAGACGCCAUCGCGCAUUCAUGAUCACUUUGAUAAGAUCAAAAUAGCGGCCGAGAAGAAUGCCCAAACGGUGGCGUUGGCAUCUCAAGUGCUUGCAACAUCCGGCAAGAUCAAUCGGAUGCGCGCCCAGUUCGCCCUGGAUUUCGUCCUGCAGCACCUGCCGCACGCCGAUCGUACAUCACAGACAAUCCUCCUGCGGGAAGCCACGAUGCUCUGCUCCACAUAUCCCAUCCUCUUCACGGACAAGGUGCUCGCGUGCGUCCGCCAGAAGAACAACACAUCGCAACAAUCGUCAAUCUCAACAUCACCCAGCACAUCAUCCGUCUCGCCCAUUUCCGGCAAUCAAGUGUCCGGCGGUGUGACCAUUGUCAAGCUCAACAUGGCGCCCAUUCAGACGCCGAUCUCCAGCACCGGCAACUCCGUCACCACCACCGUGAUCAACUCGACAGCCAACGGCACGGCAACAGUGCACGUUCCGCCGCAGCCUGAGAAGGCCUCGCAUGUCGUGACGAUUCCCACAUCAACAUCAGCCACAUCACAGACCACCAGCGCGACGACCAACGGCACCAACGUCGUCUCUCCGCCACACACAGGCUACACGCGUCGCGCCAAGCUCGGAGACUCUCGCAGCACAGGACGCCUCCACUCCACCGGCAACACGCACCGCAGCAUGACACGCCUCAACAUCGCCGGCGGAUCCGUGGGCGGACUGCACAAGAGCAUGACUCGCCUCAGUUCGUCGCAGCAAAUCAAUCAGCAGCAGAACAACACUUCCAAUCCCAACAAUAGUCACUCCAGCGGCAGUGUUUCCCAGGUCAACGGCGUCAGCGCCACCGGGCCCAACUACGUCACGCCCGUGCCGCCGCUCAGCAGCAAUGUCAUCAUCACGGGCCACAACAAGUGGGGCAUUCCCUCCACCAAGAUCACCUCCGGCGGCGUCACGGUGACCACGAGUCCGCCGCGCGGAGUGCGACCUCAUUCGCAGGGCCUCAGCACACUGCUGGGCUCCAGCGGCGGACUGGGAUCCAUCACGAGCCAGAGCAACAGCGUCUCCGUGCAGCACGCUUCGCCCGCGCCAUCGUCCGCCGGAGCCAGUUCAUUCCAGCAGUCCGUCAUGACGCUGCCCAUCAACACCCUCUCGUCCAACAUGGGCGGCGGCAAUCAGGUGUCGGUGUCCGGACCGGUGACGGUCACGUCGCGCAGGAACGACAACACCAGCAUCACACUCCUGAACGCCAAUCAUCACUCGACAAACCAGAGAAUGAGUGUCUUCGAACCUUGUCCUGAGCGAGACACAAUUCAGCACUUCUCCGAGAAGCACUUUGAUAAGAUCAAAGUGUAUGUGACAGGUGUGGAGCAGCGUUUGCCUCCGGCAGCGAAAUGCACAAUUGAAGAGCGUCGCUCGAAGAAGUUCGCAAAGCUGCACUUCGCCUGUCAAGCACGAGGUCCACAUUGUCUCUACUCCAAGACAUUCUUCACGAUGCGCACUCGCAAUCCCAAGACGUGGAUUCACUUGAUGUUCCUGGAUCAGCAAUCACGCGCCCAGACGGCGCUCAGCAGUCGAGAUCCUGCCGUGAGCAGUCUCAGGCACUGCUGGGACAUUCUCAAGUGUGAGAACAAGUCCUUCGUCACUCUGGCCACCAGCGCCUUUCCCUCCACCAAGGACACGGACGCUCUGGUGAACGAGCUGAGGAACUCGGGCUUCUUCGAUGUGUUCGAACUGGGACCAGUCAAUGGGAAUUCCACGAAUGGUGGCACGAGUUCGGAUGAUCUGCAGCUGCAGUGGGGCUGCUUCCUCUGCAACCAUCCGGAGAAAGCCAUGGGAUUCCUGCACGGCAACACACAGCCGGUGAUUGAGGGACAGCUGAAGGAGAAGAAGGGCAAGUGGCGUCUCUUCAGACGCUGGCGAACGCGAUACUUUACACUUUCCGGAGCGCAUUUAUCCUGCAAGGGUUCUAGUGGCGGCGAGAGCAUUGAUAUCAAUCAAAUACGUUCCUUAAAGGUAUCACGAGGUGCUAGAAAUAUUCCCAAAGCAUUUGAGAUCUUCACAGGAGAUCAAACACUUAUUCUGAAGCCGAAGGACGGCAAGAAUGCCGAAGAAUGGGUGCAAUGCCUCAGCAUUGUCGUGGCCACGUCUCAGGCCAGGGAUCAGCCCACGAAUAAGACCAACAGUCUGCCAGCGAGGAGCAUAGGAAAUAGCCGGACGGCCUUCUAAUCAUAUUGGACUUAAUCAAUGCGCUAUUCUCUUAUCACGUGCUUCCAAUAUUACUCUACGUAUUGUUAACAUGUAAUUCAUGUAAUAUUUUUAUUAAUAUAUAUUUUUAAAAUUUUUUUUUGAGAAAAUUUGCAUCUUUUCCUUCUUCUCUUCCGGGUGAGACACAAACACAGCAUCAACGUAAGUUUGCGCUUCUCUGCCAAAGUAAAGUGACUUCAAUUCCCUCAAUUGAAUUGCAAGACUCAAUUGCUGUUGACCUGUUGCUGGUGAGAUGCUUGGGGAUGAGGAAGCGACGAGGUCAACUGAAGGGUUAACACUUCGAAGCGGAGGAAUUGCUCGCUUCAGCCGCCAAAUACAUGAUUUGGCAAUAUUUC